UUUCCCCAGGAUGCACUACCGGUUAACGUCGUUAACGCCGAGCUGCGGAUGUGUGAUGCAACCGAACGCACGGAUAUCUCACAACUUCUCGCUACAAGUUUUGAUUUUCAGUUAGAACAUUAGGGUCGAAACGACACUUUGGAUAAAUAAUUGUGUAUUAGCCCUUCGUCACUUUGGAUUCCGUUCAUCUGUCUGACAGUCAAACUGUCAGUUUAUUCGCUUGCUAACGUUAGCAACUCAGUAGCAGCCCCGUCUCUCGAUGGGAGCUCGCGUGAGCUAGCAGCCGUUGAUCGGAUUUCACUUAUUUUUAAUACUUAUUUGUGAUAAGCUCCGUCUCUCGUCUUCUCCUCUUUGUUAGCUAUACACCCCGAUCCGCGGGGCCUCUCUAUGUACUUAUUUUGAAGCGCUGGGUGCCCCCCACCCCCUCCCCUCUUGUUGAGUGUAUCUAUUUUUAAAUGGCCACCGCGGCACCCCCCCCAGCCCCGGGCUCGACCGCGGCCACUGAGAACCCGAGUCCCGGAUCCAGCAGCUCGACUCCGGCCGAUGGGGGCAACCAGGACAGCACUUUCGAGUGUAAUAUCUGUCUGGACACCGCUAAGGACGCAGUGAUCAGCCUGUGUGGACACCUCUUCUGUUGGCCUUGCUUGCAUCAGUGGUUGGAGACCAGACCCAACAGACAAGUGUGUCCAGUAUGUAAAGCGGGCAUCAGCCGAGACAAAGUAAUCCCCUUAUAUGGGCGAGGAAGCACAGGUCAACAAGACCCCAGAGAAAGAACCCCUCCUCGACCACAAGGGCAAAGGCCUGAGCCAGAAAACCGUGGUGGCUUUCAAGGGUUUGGCUUUGGAGAUGGGGGUUUCCAAAUGUCAUUUGGAAUUGGUGCCUUUCCAUUUGGUAUUUUUGCGACAGCUUUUAACAUCAACGACGGCAGACCACCUCCAGCAGCCCCUGGGACGCCGCAGCACACUGACGAACAGUUUCUGUCUCGACUCUUCCUGUUUGUCGCUCUGGUGAUUAUGUUUUGGCUGCUGAUUGCAUAAAUGCAGGUAAAGACAACUUCUUCGGACAACUAUAAAUCAUUUGACUGAGAUGCAACAUUAUAUGGCACAUUAUCACCAAUGAGAUUUUACUUCCUUUCUGGUAACUUUAUUUCUUUCUUAUUUUUCUUGACAAAGCCAUGUUUGAGUUGAAAGAUGCCAGUUUUUCCAAAAUAAAGACAUACGUUAAUACCAAGAUAACAACUGUCGAAGUGAACCACAAACUUGGGUGCCUAAGUAUUAAUUCAUUAACACAGUUGAUUUAAAAAAGCAACAUACUCAAAUUAUUUGUUAUAUUUCCAUCACCGUAACUCUUAACAGCUGGUGGCUUCAAACCUCAUGCUGCUCUUUACAACAUUUCUGUCUCUCUGUUGUUGUUUUGGAUCAGACUCAUACAGGAUGUUCAGGUCAGAGAAAUGGGAAGAGAUCAUUCUCGGUAGUCUGAGUAUUGUUUUGGUACUAUCAUUGUAUUUACAGAAAUACUCUGCUAAACUAAAUAAGACCACCUGUGCUCAUCAAUUUGGAUGUUGGUUCACAUUUCACAUUCAAAUUCACAUUUCCAAACCCAUAUGUUGUAUAUGGGAAUUUAUUUUUAGCCUAUAUUCAUAAUUCUUUUUAUUGUUGCAAAGAAUCCUACUGAAUUAUGCUCUGAAUACGAGCUCCAUUUUGUUUCUGAUCACUAAUGUACUAAGAAUUUUGUUUUUAAAUCCUUCUACCUGAUCUUACAAAUGUACCACAAUCAAACUCAUUUUGAGCAUUUUUUCUUUAUUUUAGUUGAGGUAAAAAAAAAAAAUGUGUUGAUGCAUGUAAGCAGUUGAAAGAUUAAAUUAUGAACCGGUGUUCCUUUUGCAAAAGGAUGUUCGUCUUUCUUUUUUUUGCUUAGUUGUCUGUCACUGUAAUUAUAUGUAAAAAAAUAAUAUAGAUUAUUACUAAAUAAUUACUUAAAAGAAGAUUGGAUUAGAUUGUUUCAACAUGAAACCACUUUUCUAAAUGUGAAUUCACCUUAUUGACAGUAAAGCUAUGUAAAUAAAGAUGUUAAUCAUA